AUGGCCCGCCAGCCGCCCCCGCCGCCCAGGCCUCAGAGGACCCGUGGCGCUGCUGGGAAGGCUGCUGAUCUCGAGCAUUUCCUGCAGAAGUCGGACACACUGCGCAAAGCGGGCAACUACAAAGAAGCCAUCCAGGUCCUGGAUCGGGCCCUUCUCCUGGAUCCGCAAUGCACACAGGCUUUGUCUGCGCGGGGUGCAGCUCGCCGGGCAUUGCUACAGCGAGAAGAGGCGUUAGCCGACUACUCUGCAGCAAUCGCUCUCGAGCCAAAGCGGGCUGCCUUCAUCAGCAGCCGCGGAACUGUCAAGAGCGAGCUUGGAUGGUACAGAGAUGCCAUAGCCGACUUCAUGAAAGCCUUGAAGCUGGAACCUGAUUACAAGGUUGCCAAGUUUGGCAUGGAGUUGGUGAAAACGCAGCAAAAGGACGGACCCCUGCGAAUGGUCGUUCUCACUGGCUUCAAGAACAUGAGCUGCAUGAACAUGACCUACGUAGAGCGACGCCAGAGGGAUUCGCUCAUCCACGGCAGAGAAUCGUUCUGGUCCUUGAACAACAAGUAUGUCCUGUAUUUCAGCAUUCAGGAGAACCGCUGGAAGGGAUGCCGAGCCAUUGACGUCGACCGUAUCACCGCUGAGGCUUCGCCGGCUUGUGUCGGGGCGCCUGAGCACACCCACCUGUUGUCCCCGAGCCUGCGGAAAGGGUGGUUCGAGUGGUCCGGAAGGCACUGGGUGAAGGUUCCCGACGCUGGAGUCUUCAACGUCGGCCCGGUGGUUGCAGCGCUCCGCAUCGUGACGCUCCAGGGCUUUCAGCGGCCGGCAGUAAACACCAGCUUCAUGGAGCGGAGACAGCUGGAGUUCACGGUUAACAGCCGCGAGACAUACUGGUCGGUGGAUGAGGCACUCUUCAUCUACUGGUGCCCCCGCGAGGCACGAUGGCGAGGCACCCGGCAGCAGGAUCUUGAGAAGAUCCAGAAAGGAGAAUCGGUGGCACUUUUUGGGGCCCCACGAGGAAGCGAUAUCCUUUCCUUGAAGAAAGGAUGGCACGAGCUUCAAAACAAGGAGUGGGUGACCAAUUCCUUUGCAGGCACGGUGAUCGACAAACGGUCGCUGAGCAAGCGCACCGUGACGCUGGCUGGCUUCGCAAUAGCGGGCCUGAACGGCGUGUACGUGGAGAGCCGCAAGAAGGAGCUGAUGGUCAAUGACCGCGAGAUCUACCACUCAAACAGCGAGUCCGAAGAGACCCGGCACUUCCUCUACUGGUCCAAGGCCGAGUCGAGAUGGAAGGGAUCGCUCUUCAGCAACCUGCAGCUCAUCCAGGAGGGAAGGAGCUUGGCUGUGAUCGGUGCCCCGCAGAAUGCGGACCUCCUCGAUCCGGCCCUGCUCCGUGGAUGGCACGAGUGGGCAGAUGGCACCUGGGCGUACCGAGCCCUGGCCGGUGUGGCCUUGCUUGGUUCCUUGGGAGAAGACCUGGUCGUCAAAGACAAGGCUCUGAGAAAUCAGGAUGCCGAGGGAACAAAGAAGCGGAAGCGAGACGACGAGGCGCCCAGGCAGAGCUCGCCACGAGAGGAGCUGAUUAAGGAAGUCUUUGCAUACUUCGACUCCAAUCGUGAUGGCUUGCUGAAAGCCUCCGAGAUGCUUUCCUUCGCCCGUUCGGUGGGCUUCGACGGCGCAGAAGAUCAGUGGGACGAGGAGUAUCGGCUCAUUUGUGACGGCCUCGGCCGUCGGCCGGAGCAUGGCAUUGACCACGGCUCCUUCUUCCGGCUGGUCAACGAGGACACAGACGACGGGUGCUACUGCUCGGACAAGGAGCUGGCAGGCAUGCUCGGGCGGAAAUGGCCGCCCCCCAGAGUUGUGUCCUAG